AACACGGAAGUAUUUUGAUGAAGGACACAACGGAACUGCGCGGUUCAGCUGUCGUAUUUUGAUGCAAACUUUAAAUUUAAUCCUCAAAUUUCACCGAUAUAUGCAAAUUGUAUUCAUUGAUCAUAAAAUAAGUUAGGAUUUAAAUAUUUGUUUUAAAACCACAUUUUUAUGUUUAUGCAGAUUAGCAAUUGAAGCAUUUUCUUUACGUGGGACCGUCAGUGUGACUACUGUGUGAGCCUCAAAGAAUGAAUGAAUGAAGAAAGAAUUCCAAAAAUAUAAUUAGUCUACUCUUACCACCAGGUAUAAAGGCAUGCUAGGCACUGUUUUUUUAAAGCAUGGCGUCAGAUUUGGCAAAUGCUGAUGUUCGACUAACGGUGGCCCAGAAUUUCCGGACACUCGCUUCAUCCACGGAUGAAAAAGACAUAAUCGCCGCUCUUCAGACGCUCCUCUCCUUUGUGAAUGAUGGACCAGGGACCACGGUCACCUCUGCUCAGAGGUCAGAGUUUAAUAAAGCUCACUACACUCGGACUCUCCAGUUUCUUGUGAGCAACAUCCAAGCAGACUGGCUAAAAAAGCUUUCAGGUGGACAGCGCGCAGAAUUAUGGGACAGCCUGUUUCUUAAAGGCCCUCCAGAACAGACCCUGCUUGUGUUGAUGGAAGCGAUAGGAGAGCUCAGACCUUCUGGAAGUUUGGACCGCAUUGUCAACAUCACUGAGAGGUUUCUUCAGAGCGGCCGCCUUGCUGACCUGCUGUGGUCCUACUGUCUGCAGACUUCUUUAUCAGACUCUGCCCAGCUCAGAGAGACUCUGUUAAGCCGUAUCUGCGCGCUCCCUGACCUGACAGCCAAUAAACUACACCCAAACAACAGACCGCUCUUUUCCCCUCAGCAGUAUUACCCACUGCUCGCCAAAGAGAUGCUCACUGCUCUGGAGCGGACCUGUCAAGCACUCAGAGAUGGCACAAACUGUUCAUUGAUGUUUGUGGCUCAAACCUUUGGAAAAGUUUGUAUCCAGGGCCACAGUGAUGCCAUCAUGGCGAGCAUGGCGCCUCAUCUUUCUGCCUGCACGUUCAACGACAUGGUGUGGCAGAGAGUUUGCUGGAAGCUCCUGGAGAACGUUCCUCAGCGAUGGAUGGAGAGUGUGCUUACUGGGCUGGUGCAGGCCGUCCAUGGACCUGACGCUUUGGGUAGGAUUAUUGGAAAUCUGGUCCUAACAAAUAAAACGGCUCAGUUCGUCAUUACGCAUAAAGUUUUGUUACUACAAUAUAAAUACAAGACCCAAGUGUUGAGAACUAUUCUCAGUUACCUCGCAGCAGACAGGGACCGAAGACCACUACUCAUCCAGGUGCUGCGGUCCUUGUCACAGGCCUGGGCAAACCCCAGUGCGAUAAAGCACACUCCUGUAGAGCAGCAGUUCUAUGUCAGUAAAGCUUUACUGCUGAGUGUGAGUCUGCUGAAGGAUUCUGAGCUGCAGGACCUCCGCUCAGAGUUACUCCAGUGCAUGCUGGGCGGCAUGCAGAGCCACCUGGACAGCAGUGUGGUGCGGAUCAGAAACAUGGGCAUGGUGGUGGGAGAGUGUCUGAGCUCCCGUAUGGACUUCGGUGGAAUCAAACUCAAAUUUGAGUAUGAGCAGGAUGAAGAAACCCGUGAGUUGCUGUUUCUUAUGAAUCCCGACCCGUGCGAAGAGUCGGAACCCGAGCCUGGAAUUGGAGUUUGUUCUUCAGAGGAAUCAGAUCCAUCUCCUCAGAAAGAAUCAUCACAACCUAAAUUAAAAACUGAUCCAGACUCAGAACUUGACAGUGAUGAUGACUUAACCCCAUAUGACAUGUCAGAAGAUGUAAAGAUGUCUAAGGCUUCCCAACCGCGCUACCUCCGGGACUGUCUGGAAAUUUUAUUGUCAUCUGCGGACCCAGAACGUGUGGAGCUCAGUUUAAUAGCGGCUGAAGGUUUGGUGCGGAAAAACAGCUUUGCAGCGAAGGAGAUCAGUGUCCAGAUGACCAAAGUGCUUCUUCACAUGGAGGACAAAUACAGCAUCGAUGGCUUCCUGAACCUCAGACAGGCAACGAUGGUGGCUCUCACAGUCACCGACUGCCUACCUGUUACUCAGUAUCUGACAAGUGAGUUUUACUCCUUGAACUACAGUCUUCGGCAGCGACUUGACAUUUUAGAGGUCCUUGCCUUAGCAGCCCAAGAGCUUUCUAAACCAGUUGCUGGUGACAAAACUCCGCUUGUAAACUCUGUGCCAUCCACUGAAAUAAGUCCUUAUCCAGGUGACAACCCUGUUCAUUGGAGACAAGUUGUGGAAAAACGAAUCCAAAGCAAAACAAAAUACAUCUCAAAGGGUGCUUCCCAACCUGCACCCAAGGGCACCCGCAGCCGUUACGCUGCCGUUGCUGGAUACUUCUUUUUUCCCCUGCUGAGAAAUUAUGACAAACCUCAGGUGACCUUUGACCUCCUGGGAAGCGACCACUUGGUACUGGGCAGGUUGAUCCACACCCUGGGCAUUUUUAUGCACCUAGCUGUUAAUGCACCGAUUGCUGCACAAAUGGGUUGUGCUUUACUAGACUUCAUUUGGACGGUCCGCUACCACACAGACCAGAUGGUGAGACGAGGGAUCCUUUUUGCUGUCUGUUCAGUAUUCCUGAGCAUGCCUAGUCAUAGCCUAUUGGUAGACCUCAGUGACCAGCUGUUUGAGACCAGGACUUGGCUUGCAGAUGUAGCUGAGAGCGAUCCUGAUGCAGACUGUCGUAGUUUAGCUGUGCAGAGUCUGGUGCUUCUGGACGAGAGUCUCAAAAAGCAGCUGCAAGGUUCAAAACAACCAAGUCUGGAUUCUUGAUCAUUUGAACAAUAAAGUCUAUGAAAUUUCAGCAAAA